CUCACACACCUCAGACGACUCUGCUUUAUCAUUCCGUCUUUUUCUUUAUCAUUCUGUCUCCUUCUCUAUCAUUCUGUCUCCUUCUCUUUACGUCUCUUUUCUUUUCUUUCUCUCGUCACAGACAGAUCAGCAGUAGAGAUGCACGUCCUGAAGUCUGCGCUCGCGCUCGCCUGCUUCGCGCUGUUGCUGGACGAGUGCGCGAGCUCACCGGCGAGUAGAUGUGGGGUGCUGGGGCAGUGUGUGGAGGUGAACACCAGCAGAAUCGCUGAUAAUGUCAAUGUGUCUCUGUAUUAUGAGUCUCUGUGUCCCGGUUGUCGUGAGUUCCUUGUGAUGCAGCUCAUGCCGACCUUCAUCAUGCUGAGUGACAUCAUGAAUAUGGAUCUCAUCCCGUUCGGCAACGCAGAGGAGAAGCAGGUUGGAGACAAGUACGAGUUCACCUGUCAGCACGGACCAGACGAGUGUCUGGGCAACAUGAUCGAGACAUGUGUGAUGAAUAAAGUGCCUGAUGCUGCAGUUCCUGUGAUUUACUGCAUGGAAGCUGCUGACAAUGUGGUGAAGGCGGCAGAAUCUUGUCUUGCCUUGUUCAGCCCACAAACAAAGUUCAGUGACAUCAUGGCAUGUGUGAACGGUAACGAGGGAAAUCAGUUAAUGCACCAGAACGCUAAGGAAACCGCAGCUUUACAGCCACCGCAUGAAUAUGUGCCGUGGAUCACCAUCAACGGAGAGCACACUGACGAGCUGCAGCAGAAAGCAAUGAGCUCGCUCUUUGUACUUGUCUGCAGUCUGUACAAGGGUCAGACUCCACCAGCGUGCAAACUCGGACAGAAGGCAACGGCAACAAAGACGAGUUACUGCUGAAGAUGUUUUUAAGUCUGACUGUAAAACUGAAUCAUUUAUUGGUUAGAUGAUGAACAUAAUGCAGUGUGUUCAGUAAUGCUGUCCGAGUGCGAACACUAGAACGUUCAGCUACUGUUCUUUUAAUAAAAUGAUUUGUAAAA